ACGAGCCACCUUCCACGCGGUCGUCGAGAACCAAUUCCAGCUCCAGCAGUGGCUCAUCAUCGACCUUCGACUCCUCCCGCCUCUAAUUAUCCCUGCCGCCGCUGCUGCCGCUCCCGCCCCUUCCAAUAUGAGCCCGACCACCGCAACCUCCGUGGUGCCGGACGAAGGCAAACAGGAGCCCAGUAGGCCGGAACCGUCGCAGUGGGCCAUGGGUACCGAGGCCUUCGAGCGGCGCAUGCCGCACCACGACGGCAUCCGCGCGCUCUGGGAGACCAAGUGGCGGGGGCCGUGCACGGCGGGUGUGUACCCCUUCCACGACGGGCAGCUAGAAGAUUUUGCGCCCGUGUUUCAGUCGCUAAUCGUGGAGCACGGCGACGUCGUCAAGGAGGGUACCGAGCAUGAGUACACGCGGGCCUUCUUCGGCGGGGCGCGGGAUCUCGAGCGGCGCGGUGACGAGGCGGCGGCGGCGGGCGACGUCGAGGGGGCGUCGCGCUUGUACCUGCGGGCUGCGUGCCUGCUGCGGAUCGCACGCUUCCCCUACAUCUCCGGGCACCCACGCGUCAGCGACCCGGUCAAGUGGGAGGCGUGGGAGCGCCAGAAGGACGUGUACAUGAAGGCGGCGCGGUCGUGGCCGCAGCCCGUGAUCGAGGUCCCGAUCCCGCACGUCUACGCCCGGGGCGGCGACCGCGACGUGAUCCCCGCGUACGUGCGCGUGCCCGCGCCGUCUCCCAGCGCCGAGGCAGAGCGGUGCCCCGUCGUGAUCCUGCUGACGGGCCUCGACGGGUACCGGCCGGACAACACGGCGCGGUGCGACGCGUUCCUGGCGCGGGGCUGGGCCGCCGUCGUGCUCGAGAUCCCCGGCACGGCCGACUGCCCGGCGGACCCGGCGGACCCGCUGGCGGCGGACCGGCUGCUGGACAGCGUGUUCGCGUGGCUCGACGGAUGCGCCGCCUCGGCCUCGUUCCCGGGCGCAGCGCGCCUCGACGCCGGCCGCGUCAUGAUGUGGGGGCUCAGCUCGGGCGGCUACUACGCGGUGCGCGCGGCGCACACGCACCGGGCCCGGCUGCGCGGCGCCGUGGCCCAGGGCGCCGGCACCCACCACUUCUUCGCGCGCGGCUGGCUCGCGCGCGCCGACGGCCACGAGUACCCGUUCCGCCUGCUGCCCGCGCUCGCCGCCAAGCACGGCUUCCCCGGCGACGUCGAGGGCUACCUGCGCGAGGCGCAGGCGCGGUUCUCGCUGGUCGCGUCGGGGAUCGUCCAGGGCCCGAGCGCGCGGCUGCUGCUCAUCAAUGGCACGCACGACGGGCUCAUGCCCAUCGAGGACUCGACCCUGCUCUUCGAGUACGGGUCCCCCAAGGAGGCGCGCUUCUUCCCCGGCGCCCUCCACAUGGGCUACCCGCUCGCUAACGACUCGGUGUACCCCUGGAUGGAGCAGGUGAUGGCCUCCGCGCAGUGACGCGGGGGGUUGCGGGUAUGACGCGUAUGGACUGAUGAUACAUGAUUUUUUUUUCUUCUCUCAAUGUUAACGAGUAUCAUGGAUGUUAUGUAUUAUUGCAUUGCCUCGCUGAGAU